AUGAAGUUGUAUCCAGCCCCACGGGAUCUUACUUAUAUUGCUGCACGUGAAGCCAAUAAAAUACAACAUAAGCGUAGACGUGCAAUAGGAUUAUACUUGUAUGAUAAUCGUCGUAGCACAGAUAGUAUAGCAGUGUAUACUACGUCAAAGGGUCAGUUGUUGUUUGGUGUUGCGGGUACAGGUAAUACAGCGCCACAAAUAGUUAAACAUCACACGCACAAGAAUCCAGUUACGUAUGCUACUGCACAGCAGUCGUAUAGCCAAACAUAUAGUGACAGGCAACAAGAUUAUUCAACUCAGGUGCAACAAUCGCAAGAGAGUGAAGAAACAGAAGAGAAACUUGAUCUGGAAGACCAGACGGAAACUGAUAUUGAACAAAGUAAGGUUGAUACAGAAGAAGAGUCAGAACAGGUAUACAAACCCCAAAACACACGAGAGUUGUCUCGUAUUGCGUCCAGAGCAGCCUACAAACAUCCUGACAAACGUGUGGAGUCUAUUGGUCCUUACGUAUAUAAUCGUGGGCUUAGUAGUACUACACUUGCUGUCUAUACCAGUCUUGAGGGUCAGGCUCUCUUAGGUAUUCGUGGAACAAAGAUCACAGAUACAAAGGAUCUGCGUGCUGAUUGGAGGAUAUUGAGGAAUAAGAACGUGUUUCAGACACAGCGGUACUUGGAAGCUGAAAAAGCGCUCACAGGACUGAUAGAUACGUACGGUGCUGGUAACGUUAAUGUCACAGGGCACUCGCUAGGAGGUACGAUUGCCGCAAAGUUGCAGGAAAGAUAUACACCCAACUCAGAUACGUACGUGUUUCGCCCAGGAGUGGGACCGUUCGGUACACUUACUGAAAAUCCUAACCUCUAUAGCGAAAUUAACCGCAGUGAUCUGAUAUCAGCUACAGGGUCUACUGGAGUAAAUAACACUUACAGUAAUAAUUCUUGGAAAACAUCGUUUGAUGUCGCAAAGGGGAUUGCCACAGGGAACUGGUUAAAUACUUUUAAGGCACUCUCGGAGUCACAUUCCAUAGAUACCGAAUAG